AUUUGUAUCCCGCGCCUUCAAAAUUUGAAUCCCCAGUCACUGCCAGGCUCCAGCUACCACUUACGAGUCCUUCACAAUUCAAAAUCAAGAAAAAUCCAUUUAUCAUUCAUAUCUUGUCUUCUUUAUUACCCAUAUCUCUCUCCUUCUGUCCUCUGUUUUUCCCCUAAAAUUCCUCUCUUAUAUUAAAAAUCCUCUGCAUUUAAAAUCCCACAUUAAUGGCUUCUCGCUACAACUCAUUUGAUUCAAGGUCUUCAACAACCUCCUCUCAUUUCUCAGACCCAUCUUCCUCUACCGAAUUUAACUACAACCCAUCAUCCAAAGCCACUUCACGAGCUCUAGUGAAGUCUAAACCGUCGGAUCUAUCCCGAACCAAGAGCAAAAGCAAGAGUAAUGACCAUAACUUGAGUGCCAUGGUCAAGAAAUUUAUGGAGAAGAAAUCCACUGGAAAAGGGUCUUCCAGUAAAACUGCUGCGGCUGGUGGGCUGGUGAUUCCCUCGGACUUGAUAGCGCAGGACUUGAAGAAAACGGCAAGGAAAGGGACUAGCUUUAUUGGGUUGCAGAAAAAAUUGUUUGGGAAAGAGAAAGAGAAGGAGAAUAAGACAGUGAAGGCUUUGACGGAGGUGAAGGGGAGUGGUAAUAGUGCUAAUACAAGGACGCUGGCGAUGGUGUUGAGGAGUGAAAGAGAGCUUUUGAGUGCUAAUAAAGAGCAGGAGAUGGAGAUUGCAGAGCUUAAGUUGAUUCUUGAGGAUAAAAACAGAGAGGUUGAGAAGCUGAAGGAUUUGUGCCUGAAGCAAAGGGAAGAGAUUAAAUCACUAAAAAGUGCAAUUCUUUUUCCUGAUGUAAUGAAUUCUCAGCUUCAAGAGCUAUUAGAAAAACAAGGAUCAGAGUUGAAGCAAGCCAAACAAUUAAUUCCAACUCUCCAACGUCAGGUCUCUUCUCUUACAGGCCAGUUACAGUGCCUCGCUGAGGAUCUUGCUGAGGUAAAGGCUGACAAAUAUACCGGAGCAUAUUUCCAAAAUCAGGGCAGCUCCUCACCAAGAACGCCAACAUAUGAUCAUGAAGAAACUGCUAAUUCUUUAGAAUUCAGCUCCUGCGAUGCUGCAAGCCCGGGCAGUCCAGAUGACAUGUUCCUCAAAGAUUUGAAUCCAUGUUUAACACCUUACUAUGCCAAGUCAAAGUCCAAGGAAUUUGAGGCGAUGGGGUAUGAUUCUCCAGAAGAUGAAAGCUUAUGCAGGAAAAACAUACAAAGGUACAAUGAACUUAGUUUCAACUCCUCUUGCAAGAAAAUGUCUAAGAGUUCAGAUUGCUACCAGAGCAACAAUAACAAAGUGAGCAUAAUGACAAGAGCAACUCGAAGAUCAGAUGAACGCAAAUUCAUAUAUGGAAAUCAAAUGCAGCUAAGACCUUUCUAAUGUCUUCAUAUUCAUGAAGCAUGCUUUUUGUUACUCUUUUGGAUUAUAGAGUUAUGGUAUAAACCAGACAUCAAACUUGAGUUUGUAGCUCCUAGUUGUACAUGGUACAAUAUAAGCACUAGGAAUGAAAGCAACAUGAUGAGCUGGAAAAAAAGAAGUCCUUUCUGUGUCCUGUAUUACUAUAAAAUCAAGUGCUAUUUCGUAUCUGAAGUUUAAUAAUUUAUUUUGGUGAUGCUCAGUGUUUCUUCUUGCAUAGUUGUAGAAGCUUUUGCUAUUUUGCAGCUUGUAGGACAAAAUAGAAAAUGAGAAUUGAUUAGAUCAUUUUCAUGGGAA